AUGUCGAAACUUGUUUUAUGUGGACUAUUAUUUAUAUUCAUAGUUACUAGAUCAGCAAGUUCUUGUACAUAUGGUAAUGUUCCAGGAAAAGUAUGUGGACGUUACCCGUGGACAUUUUGUUGUCCAAUGAAUUCAAAUUGUGGUUCAUAUGCAAGUAGAACUUGUUAUACACAAUCAAGUGGACCAGGAGUUCUUGGUAUAAUAUUUUUUGUGAUAGUUGGUCUAUUAAUUUUGAUAACCAUUCUCAAAGUUUGCAUGGUAUGUUGUUCAUCAAAGAAUGCUUAUCAUUCAUUAUCAUCGUCUGACUCAGCAAAUCUAGCUAGAGCGGGAGCUGUUGUUUGUACAGUGGCUGCAACUCAUUGUUAG